UGCUGCUGUAGCGAGGCGUACUGUGACGCUUUUGGGAUCCGCUGUACGAGUCAGUUGUCUGUUCGCAUCCAACCAGAAAGCAAGUAGGGUCUGUACUAGAGUUUCUUCGGUAAGAAGCCACGAGGUCGUUCGCUGCGUUAGCAAUUUGUGCUGCAGAUUCUGAAGGAGUUAGUUAAAUGUUAUAGAAGUGUGUGAAAAAAUACAAAAAAAAAUUUCAAAUAAAGUUUGACGUGUAAACGCGGCCUAAAAUACAAGCAAAAGCGCAAGCCAACGGCUUAAACAUAAAAAUUCCAAAAAUAAAUAUUACCACUAAAUAAAAGAAGCUCCCGCGCCAUAGCCAACUGAACGCGGCUGCUGAGAUUCCAGUCCCUUAGUUUCGGCGCUGCUAAAUAAUAUUAUUUUUUCCACAUUGGAAAGCCCCAAAGUCACGUCACAUGUGUUUUGGUACUGCGUUCAACCGUUCAAAAAAGUGACAAUCGACAAACGAUCGCCAAGUAAAAGUGUUAAGUAAUAACAUGAUAACCGAGUAAAUGAGAUAAAAAACGAAAAUAAGCGUAAAAAGUGCGUACAAAUGCAGUUAGAUCGCGCGUGUUGAAUAAAAAGUGAAAAAAGUGUGGCAAAGUGCAGACAAAAUUUAGUUAUUGAAAAUGUACAAUUGAAUUGAGCGCAGUUGGAGCCCAGUGUUACAAAACAAGAAAUAAUAAUAAUACAAACCAGAGAGCGAGAGCACGCACGAGCGUAAGCCAACCAACAAAAAAAUAAAUAUUUGUAUGCAUUAAAAUUCCGAACAGCGGCCAAAACUGCUGUUUAACGUUAAAAGUGAAAUAAAAUACUUGGCAACAACAACUAACACGGCUUUAUCAGCGAUAAAAGAGAGCACCAAAACACCAAAACAGCGGUUCAGCACUUUAACGAAGUGACAGCGCUGAAGGUUAUAUUCUAAUAUCACUCUGUUACCAGAAUCCAAAAAGACGCGGUACGAGUUGAUACCACUCUGCAGAAAGGACUUCGCCAAAAUUGCGCAAAAAAUUUCGUACCCGACCAGUUACACAAAUACUGCAAACCUGCACCUCAUAAACGAUCCGUUUACUAUAAUGGAGGGCUUCGUGCAUGAUUGGCCCACGCCACCGCCCACAGACAUCCCCCUGCACAUGGAUCUAGUCAGCGAAUUGCAGGGCGAUGGCGGUUUUGAGCCGCAGACGCGUGCCAGAUCGAAUACCUGGCCAUGUCCGCGACCAGAGAACUUUGUGGAACCGUCCGAUGAUUUGGACAGUACGAAGGCGAGUAAUCAACAACUGGCGAGCGCAGAUUCGCAACAGACUAUACAGAAUAUAAAUACAGCGAAAAAGAACUCGUCACGUCGUAAUGCGUGGGGCAAUUUGUCGUACGCGGAUUUGAUAACGCACGCCAUCGGCUCGGCGACCGACAAGCGGCUAACGUUGAGCCAAAUCUACGAGUGGAUGGUGCAGAAUGUGCCGUAUUUCAAGGAUAAAGGCGACUCGAAUAGCAGUGCCGGCUGGAAGAACUCCAUACGUCACAAUCUCUCGCUGCACAAUCGUUUUAUGCGCGUACAAAACGAAGGCACUGGCAAAUCCUCGUGGUGGAUGCUGAAUCCCGAUGCCAAACCCGGCAAAUCGGUGCGUCGGCGUGCCGCGUCUAUGGAAACGUCACGCUACGAAAAACGUCGGGGGCGCGCCAAAAAGCGUGUGGAGGCUUUACGUCAGGCGGGCAUAACGGGUCUCAACGAUGCCACACCCUCGCCUAGUAGUAGUGUUAGCGAAGGUUUAGAUCACUUCUCGGAGAGUCCAUUGCACAGUGGCAACUUCCAAUUGUCGCCGGAUUUCCGACAACGCGCCUCAUCGAAUGCCAGUUCCUGCGGACGCCUGAGUCCGAUACCAGCACUCAUAGGACUUGAGCCAGAUUGGAGUUUUGGCGGCGAUUACACAAGCACAAGCAUAACGCCAGCACAGGCAGCCUCAAUGGAGCAACUCGCUGGCUCAAUUGCGGAGGUCAAACUGCCAAAGGAUAUUCUACAAGGGUUUAGCGCUGCCUCCGGCAUACCCACGCAGCCGCCACCGCCAUACCAGGCGCCACAGACGUACGGCCUGAACGGACCGGUCGUCUCGCAGGGCUACAGCCUGCAGGCACAACAAUGCCUGUUGCAUCGCUCGCUGACGUGCAGCUGCUUGCACAACUCACGCGACGGUCUGUCGCCAAAUUCAGUCACCACAACCAUGUCACCCGCCUAUCCGAACAGCGAGCCGUCGUCGGACUCCUUGAACACUUACAGUAAUGUGGUCUUGGACGCCGCCAAUGCCGCUGGCGUUGCGAAUGAUAACGGUGCUAGUUUAAUGGUGCAGCAACAGCAACAACAGCAACAGCAGCAACAACAACAACAACAUCAACAGCAACAACAACAGCGACAACAGCAGCAACAACAACAACAGUCACUUAACACAAAUUUGGAAGACAAUAACUGCGCAUCGACGCUCAUCGGUCAGUGCAUGGAGGCGCUCAACAAUGAGCCACAAAUUGACGAAUUUACAUUGGACAGCUUUCAACCUGGUCUCGACUGCAAUCUCGAGGAGUUGAUUCGGCAGGAGAUGAGCAUUGACGGCAUGUUAGACAUCAAUAUACCAUUCACCGCUGACCCCACAAGUGUUGCCAACGAUACGGCGAAUUUGGUUAAUAGCGCCCUCGGCGGUGCGAAUAAUGCGCACCAACAACAACAACAGCUGAAUCAGUUGCAGGCUCAGUUACCCCAGCAACAGCAGCAACAAUUGAUGCCAUCACUGUUGAAUAGUAUCGCUAGCAAUAACAACAACAACAAUAAUAACAAUAGUAACAUGUUAGAGUUGCCAACCGCCACACCGACGCAAACAAAUCUAAACGCACGCGUUCAAUACUCACAAGCGAGCGUCGUGACGCCACCAUCCUGGGUGCACUAGAGCGGUGCGUGUGCAUGGCGAGCGGCUGUUAGUGCGCGCAAUGUGGAGUAAAUUAGUUAUAACUAUAACAACAACAACAUUAUUAGCUAAAUAGAGUGGUAAUCUAAUCGGUGGAUUUUGUAAACACUAGCAAAUGAGAAGUAAAAGAGCAUACUAAUAACGAGUAAUUGGUAGCGAUUGCCCGCCAAACCCGAGUGUAAACGAGGUGCAGCAUGGCGAAUGACCCAACGCUGAGGUGGUGGUGACAUUCGAUAUGCAACAUAGUGUACAUAAAUACAUAUGUACGUUUAAUGUAAAAUGAUCUGCGCCGCAAGUUGGGCAGUCUGGUAGCGCCAUGCCAAUUCAACACUAGAGUUAUGUAUUUGAAUACAUACAUACAUAUAUAUACAUAUAUAUAUAUAUAUAUACUACAUACACAUAUAGCAAUCGGUAGUUGAUGAAAUGAUUUAAUCUAUAACCUAACUGUAAAAAUAAUGCCAACGAAUUGCUUUCUACCUUCUAUCCACUUUAAAACAAAAAUCAGUUUACAAAUAAAAACUGAGUAUAAAUAUAAAAACAACAAUAAAAAAAUGAAAUGAAAAAAAUAAUUACAGCAAAAAGCAAAAACAAAAACAACGGUCAUAUGAAAUAAGCUUAAACAUUGGUUGGAUAACAACAAAAAAAAUAUGAGUAAAACAAAAACAAAACAAGGACAAUAGCGACAUUGGAAACGGAUUAGAGCUAACCAACUGCUAGUAUAAUUGCCAGUGAGCGGAUAGCAUACAGACUUUAUAUGGAAAGCUAAUUUUUCUGGUCCGUGGUCGAAGCAAAACAAUACAAUACACAUAAUUACAUACAGACAUCUAUAUAAAAAUUAACUGAAAUUAGCUACAAUAAUGAUUAGUACUAGUAGUAGUAAGAAAUGUGUUUGUAAAAUGUAGGCAACAACAAUACUAUAAAUUUUCUGUAAAUAUGCAUGUUAUAACGUCAACUUUAGUUUGUUAAGUAACAAAAACAAAAACUAAAAUUAAUACAUACAUAAAUAUACUUUGUAUUUCUCAGCUAAAAAUAAAUAAUACAAAAAUGCUGUACUAAAAUAUGUGCUAAAUAAAAUAAAAUAAAAUAAAUGAUAAAUAUAGGACGAAAAGAAAACGCUAAAAAUUAUGAUAAAUGGAAUCCUGAAAGCAACGUAAUACGUAAUAUAAUAUAAUUAGCAAAAUUUCAUAAAUAAAAUAAAUAAUUAAUUUUGUCUUGCUUAUAACUUUUUUUUAUAAAAUAACUGUAAUGCAAAGUAUGUAGAACAGUAAAACUGAGCAUAAAAUGUAAAACAUGUUAAUACGUUUAAGUUACAACAACAAAAAAGUGUUUUCCUUAUUUCUAAAAUAAAAAAAAAAAACAUAUUUUUAUUUGUGACAAAAUAAUAAAAAGAAAAAUAUUUCAGAUAAAAUAAAAUAAAAUAGUAAGCAUAAAUAGCGCGAUAAAUUUAAAUGUUAAAAAGCAAAAAAAUGGUUAAAAGUGUUUAUAAUUUUUCUUUAAGUAGUACAAAAUGUAGAACGGCAACGUCAUAGCUGUAAAAUGUAAGCAUAAAUGUAAGCCAAGCAAAUAUACAAAAAAAUAAAGGAUGAAUGUUUAUUACACUACAAGCAAAAAGUAUAUAUACUUGUGAGCCAAGAGCUUAGCGCGCGCAUGCGCAGCGUUAGUUUAAAUGGAAAUUCAAAUUUAUAUUAAAUAUAAAUUAUUAACUUAUUUAGUUAUUUAGUUAAGCAGCAGAUUUUUAAAAAAUAUUUACACAUUAAUUACUUUGAAGUGCAGUGAGCCAGGCGACUGUAGUCAUAGCUUGGGAAGGUACAUACCUACCUUAAUUUAAUUUAAAUACUAGUUUUUCAUUUACGCGUCUAAUUUAUAAAAAACCGCCAGCACGCUGCGUUCAAACGCUUUCGCUGCGCGCAGCAAAGUGAGUAGUUGUAUAGAAUUUGCAGAGAGAGAGAGAGAGAGAGCGGAAAAUUCCGUGAAGUGGUAAGAAGUAGAAGAGAUGAAAGCGUUUAAGGGUCCAUUUCUUAAAAUCUGCAUAUAAGACAGAGUCUAAGACUAUAAUAUUGCGAGAAGAAGUGCGUGAUUGGUAGGCUAGCUUAAAUCUAAAGUUGAGAUCUGUUAGCAGAGUAUGGUGUAUACAGAAAUAGAUACAAUUUUAGAGUCCAUACGGAACUUUUUUUGAUUAUCAGCAAACCAACUUAAUAAGUCUGUUGAAUAUUAGUUUCAACUAUUUUCUCUUAGUUGUCUACCAUCUUCGAAGUUUUGACAGAAAUAAUGUUGCUACUUAGUUUGAAAAAGAGACAGAUCACUAGGAUUGAAACUGCAGUGUCCCUUACUGUUUGCCUUUUAUUUAAAAUUUUUAAUUUUAAAGAAAAUGUCCUGCUUCGUUCUUUCAGACAUAUUGAUUGAAUGAUUUUUAGCUUUCAGGAAAUUGUUCCUAACCUAAUACUUAGGUUAGGUCCAGGAACACUAACUGAAACUCUGCUUUUUUUAUUCAAAUGCCCCAUUCAAUGUGGAAAAAGUCCUAUGCCGACUCUAUAUGCCAUUUUAAGUUCUCUUUAUGUGACAGAUCGACACAACACCACUCCACAUAUGAACACGGCGAUUUACACAAAUUGAUUACCUUUAAACUUCUUCUUCAUAUAAAUUUAGAAGAGCUGUAAAACACGGUUUUGCUCAAAAACUCAUGCGGCCUAAUCAAUGCGGAGUAUAUAGUCACAUAAAAUGCAAAACAGCGUAUCAAAAAAAUCGAAAUUGAGUUUUUUUGUGCUUACCAUUCACUACAUCAAUAUAGCAUAACAUUUUCAGUUUCAGUCGUCAGAUAUAACCAAUAUAUAACCGAUGUAUAACUACUAUAUAACCAAUAUAUAACCAUUUUAUAACCAAAACUCAAAUUUUUUUCAAUAUGAGUGGUUUCAAUUAUAACGUUUUUCCUUCGCCUGUAAACUUAUGAAAAGUGAUGUUACGUUAUUUUGCAUUUUAGGUGACGAUAUGUAGAUUUUUUUGGAGUGGGUUUUUCAAAAAUUCAUGUGACAUAUCCCUCAAAGGGAGAACUGACGUUUCAAAUCAUUUUAUCGUGUCUUACUGAAAAUUACUUGCAACAAAUUUUACGGACUUUAAUUAAAAACUAUUAUUAUUAGCUACAAAUAUGCCUGGCUAAAUGUAGCAUACCUUUAGGAGCUCAGCAAAAUUAUAGUUUUUCAAGAUCAAGAUCCUGCAGCUUUGCACCUUUCAGCUGCUUUGACAGUUUAAAAGUAACAAUUGGAAAUCGUUGAGAAUUUAUAAUACAAAAACCAAAAAUUUUUAAGAAAAAAGAGACCGAAAACACCAUAGCAUAAACCAGUACCCACCAAGAAAAAAAAAACAUGGAAAUUCUUAUACCAAUAAAGAUAAUAAGAGGAAAGCACUGAGACACUUUACUUAGUAACAAUAUCUCUCAAUGCACCUGCAAGCAGUUGGAAAAGAGUUUGUAGUUAGAAAUUAACUGCCUGCAAUUACAAACACAUACAUGUACAAUUAAGUUAAAUUAAGCGAUGAAUGUGUGUUUUAAAAGUAACAAUUAAGCUAUGAAGAAAUCUAUAACCAAUAAAGUUAUAUGUGUGUCGCUAAAGCCAUAAUUAACUCUAAAGAGGACCACUUGAAGUUGUCUAUGCUAAAAUUAGUGAUAAAUUAAAGAUAAUAUUAAUUUAUAAAAAAUUUAAUAAACUGAAAAUAAAAUUCCGAUAACUUUUGUUUUGGCGUCUUGCAGUAAGCACAAAGCUCCCACCCUUGUUGCAUAUUUUUCUCACCGAAUGGUGCGGCUUUCUGUAAAAACAAAGUUAUACCUUUAAUUGAACCCAUAUACGUAAUAGAGAUACAAACUAUACCGCAAUUAUGAACCAAUAAGUAAUUGAGGAAAUCUCAGGUGCAGCACAAUUUCAGAAUAGUUAUCCAUAAAUAUAAUUCAAAAGAACAUUCAUUUGCAUUUAUUUUUUGAGGACUAUCAAAUGUUGACCGCGGCUAUGUCUCAGAUGGUGCUUCCGUUCAGUCCAAUUUUCGAUGACUCGUUCGAGCCUUUUGACUGGUAACUGGCGAGUGAGACGCGUGAUGAUUUCAGUUCAGAUAAAAAUCAAAAGCUUUUUUGCUAAAUAUUUCAAAAAAUAUUUUAAAAUUUAGUGCCCAUUUUUGCAAUAAUUAAAUUUAUUAUUUUACUUUACUUGCAUCCUUAUCGUUUUUUAAGCUCCUUAAAAAUAUUAACUUAUCUACAGCAACACCCUAACGACAAUUUUCGAAAUGUAUUGGAUUAAAUAGUAAUAAUUACUCUGUUUUCAAAACAAGCAGUAUGCUAAUGUAAAAUUUGUAGUUUAAUUUUAAUAAAUUUUUUCCUAAAAGUGCAUAGUCUUUGUAAAACGACAAACAAGCAAGAAUUUUGUACAUAUAAAAUAUACCUAUUAAUACAAAUGAAAUUUCAAUAAAAUUCACAUUUGAAAAAUAUA